CUCCAUCAACACCAUUCACCUUCUACACCUACACACCCAAGACUGACAGACACUCAAAACUUUCAGACACACACACUCUCUCUCCCUCUCUGAGAAAUGGGGACACGAAUCCCUUCUCACCAGCUCAGUAGCGGGCUCUACGUCUCGGGUCGACCCGAACAGCUCAAGGAGCGGUUACCAACAAUGGCCUCGCGGGCCGUACCGUAUACCGGCGGUGACAUUAAGAAAUCUGGUGAGCUUGGAAAAAUGUUCGACAUCCCAGUCGUUGAUCCUUCAUCCAAUGGUCCUCCUUCCGCCAAGACAUCACGACCCUCAUCGUCUUCUCAGCACAACAGUGGAUCCGUCCGAUCCGGGCCAAACUCCGGCCCAGUAAGUAAGCAUACCAACUCUGGUCCGAUUCCGAAGAAAUUCUCCGGCCCCAUGGUACCGCUCCAGCCCACUGGGCUUAUCACGUCGGGUCCGCUGGUGUCUGGCCCACAGGGAUCCUCGGGUGGCGGGGGGAGGAGGUCGGGUCACAUGGAGCAUGCCGCGUCGACCGGGAAAGCAGUGUACGGGAUGGCCGUGACGAGCUUGAGUGAGGGGGUGAAGGUAGGGUUUAGGGUUUCUAAGGCGGUGGUGUGGGUUUUCCUGGUGGUAGUGGCGAUGGGUUUGCUUGUGGGGGCUUUUUUAAUGGUAGCGGUAAAGAAGGCGGUGAUUCUGGUGUCGGUGGCGGGGAUUCUGGUACCGGUGGUGGUGUUGGUAAUGUGGAAUUACUUUUGGGGGAAGAGAGGUUUGAUAGGGUUUGUGAAGAAGUAUCCUGAUGCUGAGCUUAGAGGUGCCAUUGAUGGACAGUACGUCAAGGUUACUGGGGUUGUCACUUGUGGCAGCAUUCCUCUGGAAUCAUCCUACCAAAAAGAAACUAGGUGUGUGUAUGUUUCCACAGAGUUGUAUGAAUAUAAAGGAUGGGGUGGAAAGCCUGCUAAUCCUAGGCACCGCUGUUUCUCGUGGGGUUCUAGGUACUCAGAGAAAUAUGUGGCUGAUUUUUACAUAUCAGACUUUCAAUCUGGAUUAAGAGCGUUGGUGAAAGUUGGUUAUGGAGCUAAGGUUGCCCCUUUUGUUAAACCAGCUACUGUUGUGGAUAUAACGAAAGAAAACAGAGAGUUGUCUCCAGGCUUUUUAAGCUGGCUAGCUGAUCGCAGUCUCUCUAGUGAUGAUCGUGUAAUGCGUCUCAAAGAAGGAUAUAUUAAAGAAGGAAGCACAGUAAGCGUGAUGGGAGUUGUCCAGCGCCAUGACAAUGUUCUUAUGAUAGUUCCAUCAGCGGAGCCAGUCUCAACAGGGUGCCAAUGGUCCCGUUGCCUCCUCCCAACCUACGUUGAUGGUCUUAUAUUGAUGUGCGAUGAUAAUCAGAAUGCCGAUGUGAUUCCUGUAUAGAUGUUUGGAAAUUGAAUGCCACGAUGAGUAAAUAUUUGAAGGGUGAGACUGAUGUAACAAAUUGCAUACCAGUAGACCAUUCUUCUUUUCUUUUCCCCAAUUUAGGUGUGUAAAUUGGCCUAGAAGAGGCUUAAAGGUCACAUAGUAACUAGUCAAUAUGCGUUUUAAGAGUUGUAGAUUUUUAAAGAGAUCCAUAUGUAGAAACGAGUUCGUCUGUGAAGAAGAAAGUUGUAUAAUGAGAAUGCUACGCCUUGUGAUUUUUGGCUGAUUUUAUGUACAUAAACUCAUAGAGGUGCCCUAAAAAGGGUUCGGAAAUGGUUGCUUGGUUGUGCUAAAUUUUAGUACGGAAAAUAGAGUUGAGUAUUCUUUUCGUGUU